CCCGUGAGGGUGGGUAGGAAAGGAAAAGCCAGCCUAAUCACCAUCUCGAGAAGGAUCCAUGGCAAAAGAAACGAAUGGUUCACGGAGCCCCAUUCAUGUACACUGAAUGAGUAGCUCUACCAAAACCCCUUUUUUUGUCUUUUGCUUCGCUCGCUCUCACUCUCACUCUCAAUCAAUUGGGGUUGAUUUGGCCGGGAAUCAGAUAGAUAGAUGUAUAUGGCUUCAGACGAAAGCGUGAGUAUGGCGGACUUAGAGGACGACUGUUGUGACAUUGAUGAUGGAUAUCAUCAUCAUCAUCAGCACCAGCAGACUCAUCAUCCUCAUCAUCUACAGACUCAUCCUCACAAUCUUUCAAGGCUAUCUAUGUGCAGUAGUAGCAAUUCCACCACUGUGUGCGGUCAAGAUGAUGAUGGGGAUGGGGAUCCCAAUAACUACUUCCAACUUGACGACGACGACGCCAAUCAUCAUAGCAUCAUGAUGUUCAUGUCACGCUUAUCAAUCGAGAGCUGCUUUAACGAUGCUGAUGCCGAUGCCGAUGCCGACGAAGAAUUUUCCGAUGAAAAAGAGGGAAAACAAUUAUUGUCGUCGGACUCCGAUAAGGAGCCGAUGGGGUGUUACUCGCUGCCGAUGACACCGCCGAGACGGAGGAACCGAAAUGGGGGUUUGAGUCAGCAGCAAGUGAAAGAGUACGCAAGCGAGAACGAAGUUCACAAGGACUUUCUUCUUCAUAAAAAGAAGAUGAGGAGGAGGAGGAGGAGGAGAAUCGUGAGGGAGAGAUUGGUAAAUGCUAUGGGGGAACGGAAUAAGAAGACGGUGAUGGCCAAUAUGGAAGAAGACACGGCGGCGAUUAAUAUGGACAUGGGUAGUGCUGGUGGUGGUGGUGGUGGGAAUAAUUACAAUAAUAAUAGCAAUUGGGGAAACAGCUGCGGGGAGAGCGAGGAGGGGGGAGGUAGUGCUGGUGGUGGUCGGGGAUUGGUAGUGAUAACGAGGCCUAAAGGAGGGAGGAGGUCACUGUGUAUGGAUUUGGAUGAAGUGAAGGCGUGUAGAGACCUUGGUUUUGAGUUGGAACAUGAACGAACCUCCCUUGAAAUUAUGCCCACUCGACUCUCUGUCUCCGUCGCUGGAUCUCCUCUUGACACCAGUAGCGGCGGCAACUCCCCCAUCUCCAAUUGGCGCAUCUCUAGCCCUGGUGAUGAUCCAAGAGAUGUGAAAGCUCGACUCAAAGUAUGGGCUCAGGCAGUGGCACUCGCAUCUACAUCCCGGCACAGCUGCUAGGGAGUUUUCACUAUACAUAUAUGUAUAUAGGCUGUGUGUUGUGUGCAUACUUUUGAGACUUGGAUUGCUUUUUUUAUUCUUUCCUUUUUGCAUUUUUGGAAUGGAAUGAACAGAGUGGCUUCUUGUUUCUUUUCGUUGCCCGAGAGGGAUGGGUUUUGAAGAUAUUGUAUUGUUGUUGGAACAAAUUUUUAUUAUUUUCCAAUUCUUCUAAAUCCCCCUGACUUCCAUCU